AUGCAAGACCAAGAACAACACAUGGGCGAGGAGGGGGAAAAAUUCAAGGGCCAUCCCAAGAUGAGCACCUCCAGAAUGUCCAGUUUCAACUUAUUAUUGCAGUCUGCCAAGAAGAAAUCGUCGGAAUCCCUAUUCAAUAUGCUCAGAUUCAUAAAACCGUGGCUUAGGAAAUUCCUUUGUUUCUUCAAGAAAAAUCCAUUGUUGAAGGUUUUAUUCCUUAUUGUCAUACCAAUUGUGGUAAUCGUUUGUGUAUUGCAUCCCAAGGGGAAGGAAAAUUUACAAAUGUUAGGGUACCAAUAUUAUAAUUCCAAAUAUGGGGCACGACAAGUUAAUGAAAAGGAGGAUUUGUUGAAAGUGGAUAUCAUUCCCAAGUUAAGGUUUAAGAAUUGGUCACAAUCACCAUUGAAUGAUCAAAUUAGAAAUCAGCAAUUCGUCGAGGAUGAAUUGACCGGUUAUGUAUCUAAUUUAGAUUUGAAGAAACAUCGUUUCAAAAUGGCACAAGGCGAUUCACAUGACCAUCAUCGGUUUAGUGGAAAGGGUGAAGCGGAAUUCCAUAAGGAUUACGAUUCAUUAGUGAAAUGCCAAGAUUUGGAAUACGUUAACAAAGUGGAACAUUCCAAAUGGAAUAAAUUGUUAGAUGACGAUUUAUUGACAUUGAGACGUGAUUUGUUAAAGAAUGACGAUUUUUUGAAAAAAUUAAUUACUGACCGUAACGAAAAUGAUUGGUCUGAAGAAGAUAUUAUUAAUAAACAUUGGUUUAGGUUUGGUGGGUCCUCUGUUUGGUUAAACCAAUAUCAAUGUCAUUUAGUCUUUUCAAGAGUCAUUUAUUCCUCGCUAGGUAUUAGGGAUCAUCCUCGUAUUUCCAUGGUAAGAGUGCAGGCAUUUGAUAGGGAUUGGAAUGAAUUGAAAGAAAAGAGAAUCCCAUUUAAUGAUAUUACUCACCCACAGGAACUCGACUUAGAAUUGGAAAGAUUGGAUCAUGAAUUAGGUUUAUAUCCAUGUGACACAUUCAAGCAUAGCCCGGAGGAAUUUGACGCGUGCAUCGUGGAACAUACAAAGAGUAAGAUCAAGAAUGAAAGAAGAAAGGAAAAAAUCCUAUCCAAAUAUUUUAUUACUUAUCCAACCGUGUUAGAUAUAAGGUAUAAACCUGAAGGUGAUUGGAAGGGACCCGAGGAUCCACAUGUCAUUGUAAGAAGGACAAACGAAAUUGAAGAACCUGUAGUCGUCUUUAAUAUGUAUGAUGACGAUGAAGAACAUAGAAGAAUGUUUUCAUUUAUGCCCCAUAGGAAAAAUUCACCAUUGUUGAAAUUUUCUCUUAAUGAUGGUGAUCGUAAAUUAGGUGACAAGGAGAAAAAUUGGACACCAUUUUUCCAUCAAGAUAACGUAGAGAGUGCAUUUUCUAGAGGUUCCAUUCAUUUCAUUUAUACUUUUUCACCAUUGGAAAUCUUGAAAUGUUCAUUAAACGAUGGUGUUUGUACCGUUGUUUUUGAAGCGAAAACAUUAGAUCUCUCUGAGGAUAAUAAAUUUGGUGGUUGGAGAGGUGGUACACAAUAUAUUCCAUUACCUGAAGUGCUGCCACAAGUGAAAAACAAACAAAUAUGGAUUGGAUUCCCCAAGUUACACAUUGAUCAUUGUGGAUGUGGUGAAAAAUUCUACAGACCCAUGUUAAGCUUGCUUGCGGAGAGUAAUGGUGUUUACCAUCAAGAAUUGGCUGUCACUGCUAUUGAUUUUGAUAUGGAUGUUCUUUCAUGGGAUCAAAAGGGGACGCAUUGUGGUCAAUUGAAUGUGUUGAGUCCCAAUGCCAUUUCGUAUUGGGAAGUUGCCAGUCAAGGACCUCAUACUAAGAAAUUUGAAGAUUAUUUGGCACUUUCAUUCAGUGAGGCAGAUUCCAAUACGAGAGUGAUUGUGUUAAGAGGUGUAUUGAAUUAUAUCCUGGGGAUAUAUGAGAAGAAGGCCAUUAUGCCUAAUUUUGAAGUGAGUAGUAAAUCAGAUUCUAUCAUUGGACAGACUUUGAAAUGUGUUGUGCAAAAAUCCAAGGAAGAUUGUAAGGCAUACGGUGAAUCGCAUCCUGAACCCAAGAAGGAUUGA